UCUUAUCACCAGCCGACACUUUUUAAGGAAAAUUAUAAGCAACCAAAACACCAUUCUGUCCAAAUAACUUUACUUACUACACACAAUUUGUUCCCCUAUUCUUAGUGGGAUUUUAUUUUUGGAGGGCAAGGUUUUGUUAGUGUUAAUGAAUUGUGAUUUAUGAGGCAUACCAAACACUUGAGUUGAGCUGAAAAACUGUGGUAACUGAUGGUGGACAAGAUCUGAGAAGAGAAACCAACACUUGAGUAACUGUUGCCAUUAUCUGUUCUUUUGAGUGUGAUUCCCAAUAACGUUUGUGGUGUUAAGAGGCUUUUUGUUGAUAACAAGAGGCGGCUCCCAAAUACUGGAAAAUAAAGGGGCUAAGUGGGUCUUCUUCUCUUGCCCCCCAAAGAACAGGAUAGUGACUGGAUGCCCCAGAAGCUGUAAAUGAGGAGAGGGAGAAGAGGGGAGGUGCAAUGUCCAUGAAGAGCAAGGGUGGAGCUGUAGAACUGAGUGCAAGGAACGUCCUGCACAGGAAAUGGGCUCUUCUGCUCUGUUUGGCAAGCUUCUGUGCUGGAAUGUUCUUCACAAAUAGGAUAUGGUCGAUGCCUGAAUAUGUAGAAUUUCCAGGGACUACUAGUGAGAUUGAAAGAAUAAAAUUAAACUCUGAUGGUUGUAAUCUAAAUCCAGUUGCAAGGCCAAAAUCAAAUUACAGUAAAGUGGAAGUUUCAAAUACAGAGAAUGUGGUCAAGAAUGAUGUAAAGUAAGCCAAGCCAAUGCUUCUUUGCAUGGGAUUUACUUAUAUACGUAUCAAAUAACUAUAAUGCUAAUCCAUUUCUACAUUAUGCACUACAGGAGACCAAGGAAGUCAGAGACAAUUGAAUCAAGUACCAGGAACAAAUAUUUCAUGGUUAUAGGGAUCAAUACAGCUUUCAGUAGCAGGAAACGAAGAGAUUCUGUUCGUACAACUUGGAUGCCACAAGCUAAUGAAAGGCAAAAGUUGGAGGAAGAAAAAGGAAUAAUCAUACGAUUUGUUAUAGGUCACAGUUCUACAUCUGGUGGCAUUCUUGACAAAGCUAUUGAAGCAGAGGAGAGGCUUCAUGCUGAUUUUUUGAGGCUGAACCACGUUGAGGGAUACCUAGAACUAUCAGCUAAGACAAAGACCUACUUUUCGACUGCUGUUGCCUUGUGGGAUGCGGAAUUUUAUGUUAAAGUUGAUGAUGAUGUUCAUGUCAAUUUAGCAACACUUGGAUUGUCUUUGAGCAUGCACCGAAUGAAACCUCGGGUGUAUGUUGGGUGCAUGAAAUCCGGUCCUGUCCUUGCUCAGAAGGGAGUGAAAUACCAUGAACCAGAAUACUGGAAGUUUGGAGAGGUGGGAAACAAGUACUUCCGUCAUGCUACAGGACAAUUAUAUGCCAUUUCCCAAGAUUUGGCUACUUAUAUAUCAAUAAAUCAGGAUGUGCUUCAUAAAUAUGCCAACGAAGAUGUCUCAUUGGGAUCUUGGUUUAUUGGUUUAGACGUAGAGCAUGUUGAUGAUAGGAGAAUGUGUUGUGGCACACCCCCUGAUUGCGAGUGGAAGGUGCAGGCUGGUAACGUAUGUGUUGCUUCGUUUGAUUGGAAAUGCAGUGGAAUCUGCAGGUCUGUAGAGAGGAUGAAAGAAGUUCACCUGCGUUGUGGGGAGGAUGAAAACGCUUUGUGGAGUGCAACCUUGUAAACUAAAAAAAUAGUGCAAUAAGAAUUGAGAAAGCUUGAAGAACACACGAAUGAUGCAGGCCAUAGACGUAGUAUGAGAGUAGUAGUAGGUGGAUCAAAAUGGUCUGAACUGAGGACAUAACCGACCCUUUUGCAGCAGCUGUAAAGGAGAAGAAAGAGAAGGAGUAUAGUAGCAGCAGUAACAAAACCCAUUCUUUUGUUGUUUAGUGGCUGGAGGGCUUUACAUUCUAGUUCUCUGUCAUGUCUUACUCUUCAUAAUAAUUAUUAUUACUAUUCUGUUUUUCUUACACAA